GUUCACACUUGCAAAAGGACGCGAAAGAAGAAAUUAAGAAGACGUGGUCGGCAUCGAGUACAAACAGUUUCGCGAAAAACUUGGUACACUGUUAUAGAUGAAACGGUAGUUUUUUCACAAAGCCUCAUGUCGUCGCUGAGAAACAAAAAAUCCAAAACUACCAUCGUUUUGUUCAUACUCUUGGUCAUCGCGGCUUCUCUAUUCUCAUUCGUGGCUAGAUAUGAUGGUACCCCUUCUGAAUCGAAUGGCUCGGAGAAGUUAACCGCAAACCUUGGGAUCCGAUCUAGACAAAUGUUUGAAACCGAAAUUCCCGAAGCAGUAAUAGAAACAAUGGAUCCCAAAAUGGUCGACUUUGUGGUUGCUGGAUUCCAAAAAUGUGGCACCACUUACCUGCAAAACAAAAUAUUUUACCCAUCCGAGAGGCUUUUCAUACCCCAUCACGAGACGCACUUUCUGCAAAAUGACAAGUACGCAGAAUUUAUAGGAGAAUUCGAGAAUGUGACCAAAGCUGCGAAUGGCGACGGAAAAGAAGUGUUGGCGGGAUACAAGUCUCCAUUUGUGCUCGGCCAUCAUCGAUCUUUGCGGAACUUAGAGACUUUAUUUCCCGAUAUUCGCAUGAUCAUCACUUUGCGACACCCAAUAUCAGCAUUCCAGAGCUUGUACAAUUAUAAACUUCGACAGUCGCCAGAGCCUCUCCCACCUGCAGAGGAAUUUGUGGGACUUUGCAGAGAACUUUGCUCCGAAGAAACCGAUAUGGAACAGAUGGCUCAGAGUUGCCUAAACAAUGCCCACUGGUGCACCGGAGAAAUGGGGUACCAUAAAUAUCUUUCUCGAUUAGGUUUGACCCCCAUGAACACUUCUGAGGAAUUAGAUCUACUAGGUCAUCACGGCAUGUCGAUCCACGACUUUUCAGGCUCUAGAAAGGGAGUCAUGAGCAGCGUAAGAGGAGUCAAGGGGAAGCAACAUGUAGAUGAAGCGAGGCUAUUUUUGAUCGAGAUCGGACAAUUUGAUCAUCGCAUGAAUCAAACCAUGGCCGACGACGUGAGAUCGGAUCUCGAAACGUUUUUGGGACUAGACCCAGGCGACCUGCCAAGGGCUCCCAACCAGCAUGGAAUGAAGAGGCCGAAGAUUGAUUACAAAUACCCUCCGGGAUACGAAGAGUACGUCUUGGACAUAUGCCUCGAUCAGUACAAGCCCAUGCGCAAAAUAUUGCUUGAAACAUCCCGAAAGGCCUCAAAAUGGAUAAUGGAGUACUUAUUGCAUCCUUCGAACCGCCAUCGAGUGAUCGUCUCAAACAUUGAUAUCUUCCAGCAGAUGUUGGAAGGCUGGAAGAUAGAUCCCUGUUUGACCAAAGACGAAGCAUUAGAAUAAAAUCGAAAUUGAAAGCGAGCGAAUGAACCAUUAGCCGUGGAGAUUGCCUCUGUUCUUUUGAAAAUAUCGAAAUCGACAAACCUCUCUGACCAUUUAUUGUGAUGUGAUAUCAUUCCACAAUCACAAAAAAUGUUAACGAUUAGG